AUGCAAUCUACUUCCAUCUUACUGAAGUUGCUAGCUUUGGAAACUUUUGUUGAAUCGGGUCUUUCGUUCCAAUUACCAUCCCCUUUUGUGAUGAAGAACAAUCGUCAAACUACGGACGUGAACAUUGUGCACAAUAUAGCCCUCAACAUGGCCUUGGUCCCAUUGCCGGUGGAUGAAUUAGAAGAUUAUCUUGUUAUUGGACCGCCAUCGGGGUCUCAGUAUGCAACCUAUUGGGGUAGAACAAAACGAGAGCGAUACAACCGGUUUCUAGAGGCUUCAAUCGUUACAUUCCUUGGCGUUUUCUUUUCCUACUUUCUUAGCUUUGUCUUGGGAGGCUUUGUGGCAACACUUUUCGGAGCAACCUUUGCCUUUUGGGGGGUCUUGUCACCAGAGCUAAAGGCACGGCAACGUAAUUGGGAAUUCCUAGGCGGUAGAGCAUUGGUAGAUCCUUGGAUUGUGAGGGGUAGAGAUGAAGAAAAACAGGGGCUGUAUGGAUCACUCUUUAUUGGAAAAGUAGAUGAUGUGUGUGUGGUCUAUUCCACAUCGUCGUUGGAAGAGUACGAAUUGGAUGAUUUUCAAGAUUACACAAUGGAAUCCGAUGAACUGGAACAAUUUUCUGGGACCCCUUAUCUCAUUCGCGUAAAGAUGAGUGAUGGUGAGGGACGAGAGCUACAGACCCACGCUAGAAUGAGUGAAGAUUAUUUGGAUAUUCAAACUGGAAUGCCUGUGCUUUCCAUUCUUUUGAGUACAUCACAAAAGUUUACAUCGCUAGCUGCUCUUACGGAUUUCAUGAUCCCAGAUGCUGAAGCAUGGGUCGGAGAUUACCCCUAUCUGAAUCGCCCGGAGAUUGAAGCAAGGCUCGCUGAGGAUGACGAGCUUUGGGAUUUAUUGCAAGCCCAAGGUUCGGAUAUCUCUGAUUCCGAGGAUGAUACUGACAAAGAUGAUUUCAUUGGGGAAGAAGACGCAGCUGAUCGAGACUUCGUACCAGUCCGACGAAGACGAAGCUGA